AUGUCAGACGAAUACACAAAGAUAAAUGUAAGCAUUGGCGGCUGCAAAAAUUGCGUGUCCUGUCUUCAUCACUUACUUGAAAAGUAUGCUGAUAUAAAGGAAUAUAUAAUUAGUUCUGAGGAGAAUCUCAUAUCAAUACAUCCAGUUUAUGUAAAACGAGUGACCAGCCUUUUAAAAUUUGUUGGAUUGGAUAUUAAAGAUGUCGAUAAUCAUUUAUCAGUUUACAGUAAGGACAGUAAAGCCGAGUCAAACGAUGACAUCUACUUCUUACCGGAGUUAGAUGAUAACUCACAAAUCAAUUCUAUGGCAUCUAAACGCAAACGACUAGACGGUCAUCUUAUUAUGAGACGAAACAACCACUGCAUUAUCGCCUCCGAAUUAGUAGCAAUACUUCCGCAUGAAGUUGAAUGUUGUCGACCACAUUUAGUACCAGGUUGGUGUGUUGCAGUUCAUUCAGAACACCAUCUAAGUAAAAUAAAUCAAUAUUUACAAUCAUUUGUUCCACUCCCUGGGGAGCUCAGUCAUAUUAAACGAAUAGACAGUUGCCGAUCAUAUGAAAAUAAAUCAACUUAUGUCUUUUUGCAGAUAGCCAAAUCAAGCUAUACAUGGCUUGAUGCCAAUGAAACUUUGAAAUCUAUGGUCGACUUACUACAAUUGAAUUCAUCCGAUCACCAGUUUAUUAGCACAUCCCCAACACCCUGCUGGAUACCACUUCAUGCACCAAUAACUCGCAAGCAUCAGCUCCUCUACUCAUUUUCAAAUGAAUCACAAGAGAAGAGAUUUUCAUCGUUCAAAAAUUCACUUAAUGAACCAAUUAUUUUAGGUUGGCCAUCCACUUUACGAGCCUGUCCCGAGCUUGAGGAACUAGUGAAUGUUGGACGAAGCUUGUCGUUAUCAUGUUUCUCAGAUUUAGAGCUAAAAAAGCAUUCAUUAUGGCUCAAACGUGUUUCUACCUUGUCAAAACAAGUGCAAGAACUAAGUGAUAUACACCCACAAUCAUGUGCAGGCGUUGAUGGUCCGGCUUGUGCAGUCAUCAUAGUUGAUCCAAAAUCGAAUAUUGCAUUAGCAGAAUCAACUACACCUACGAUAACAUCAGAUAUAUCUUGGUUAGAUCAUGCAGCAUUACUUGCUGUAUCAGCUGUUGCUAAAUUAAAACAGAAUACAGGAAAUCAGUACUCUGAUUCUUACUUGUGUACAGGUUUUGAUGCAUACUUUUCACUUGAACCAUGUCUGAUGUGUGGUAUGGCUCUGCUUCAUAAUCGCAUUCGGCGAGUUUUCUGCUGCCAAAAGCUUGCGGGCGACGGCGCAUUUAGUAAUACAAGCCGUCUUCACGUGCAGGAACAAUUAAACCAUCGUUUCCGAGUAUUUAGUCCGCCGUAA